ACUAACAGAGUAACUUGGUGGAGUUUAACUGAAGCAUUUAGUUCAAAGAUGGCUCAUUGUAAACUGCUUGUUGUUGCUAUGGCAUUGCUUCUAACUUUGAACAUGUUCAGUGAACAAGUAUCAGCACAAUAUCAAGACUGUUGCAUGUCCCAUUCCAAAAAGGCAUUGCCAUGCCGAGGGAUUCGAGGAUACUCAAUACAGUCUGUCAAGGAUCUGUGCAACAUUGAAGCAGUAGUGUUUCACACCAUUAGAGGCAAGAAUAUAUGUGCCGAUCCUGCUCAGAAAUGGGUGAUGGACCGAAUCACAUGCCUUAAGAACAGGGUGAAGGGAAUGGCCUAAACAGAAGACUCAAGACUCAAACUUUACAAUGUUAAAAAAAGAGUUAUAAAAAAAUGUGUAACAAUGCCUUACAUUGCUAAGGUUUAAUAUAUUGAAAGUAAUAUGUGCUAUAUUUAUACAUAUAUUUAUGCCUUGAAUUAGUCAGAUGAUCUUGAGAUGUGUAUGUCUCUGGAUAUUCAAAUUGAAAAUCAGAAUUGUGCUGUAUAAAUGUGAAAAGGAAACUUCAUGUUAAAGCUCUGAAUUAUUUGUAUUUAUAUUUAUAUUUAUAUUACUAAAUUGUAUGUUUUUUUUUCAGCGCUGUGCUAGAACAAAUAUUUAUCUAUUAUUGUCUCAAAGCAUAUUGCUUUGUUUAACAAAAAAUGUGAAGUUUUGAAAAUUUAAAACGUGUGUACUGAGUGGUUUGUAUCCACUCACUAUUGUGGAAAGGAUAUCUGCUGUGCAGUAUUGAAUUCCUGUUGAAUUCAUUGUCAUCCCUCAUUUUCUGCUAAUAAAUUCUAAAAUGUGUAAAUAUUUCUUUACUUUCCAAAAACAAAACAAGAUGAUUCUUUCAAAAGAUUGGUAAAAUCCAUAAUUCAAUUUUUUUUCUCUAUGUCUGAUCACUGUUAUGAUGUUGUGACUGGGUGGAUGAUCCCAAUCUUUACUUAGAAGCCAGCCUCCAAAUAUAACUGUAAACAUUGUGUUGUAUUGUAUAUUGUGAAGAUCUUUCAUCGUAGGAUUGCUUGAUCCCCAGUUUAAUAAGUUUCCUAAGCUGAACGGAUGGCCAAUUGUCCAGUUAGCGAAUUGAGACAAUCCACCUGGAAAGCAGGUGGAUAAAGUUUAUAAACAGGCCUCCUCUG